AUGCUGUGCCGACAGCAUCUCUCGCGCCGCCUUGCUGCCGCAGGCACCUUGCGAUCCGGCUCGCGCCUUCCCACCUCGACAACGUCUCUCGCCCGCGCCUACUCGAGAACGGGCCCCGGCCCACAAAGACAAGCUCUGGUCGCGUGCUCCGUACAACAACCGACAACCGCUCUGCGCCCCACCUCUUCUGCGAGCUUCUCGACUUCCGGCCUGAGGGCGAAGGAGAAAGACCGGGAUUCUGGCUUCUUUGACGGCCAGGUGCAGCCUCUGUCGGACGAGGAGAUCAAGGCGAACCUCGAGAAGAAGAGAGAAGCCGCCGAAGCGGGUACGGCCGAGGCCAAGAGCUCAACAUCAGACUCGUCUGGCAACCAGGGGCAGCCCGAGAGCCCUGAUGGCAAGGGAAGCAGUGCGGCCGGUGGCGCUUCUUCAGGCUCCGGCAACGACGCACCUGGCGAUGGCGGUCGCAGGGGCCGCAAGCCGGCCGGCGACAAGUCUCUGCAGAAGCCCAUCGUUCCCGAUGUAUACCCCCAGGUCAUGGCGAUCCCCAUAGCGAAGCGGCCGCUGUUCCCGGGUUUCUACAAGGCCAUUACGAUCAAGGACCCGCAAGUCUCUGCUGCCAUUAUGGAGAUGAUCAAGCGCGGACAGCCAUAUGUGGGAGCCUUUCUCUUCAAGGAUGACAACGCCGACGAGGAUGUCAUCCGCAACGUCGACGAUGUCUACGAUACCGGCGUCUUUGCACAAAUCACCAGCGCCUUCCCUGUGCAUGGCGAGCAGAACAGCCUUACCGCUAUUCUCUAUCCGCACCGGAGGAUCAAGCUGUCCGAGCUGAUACCACCCGGGCAGGCGCAAGACGCAAAGAAGACCGCAGAGGAGACACCUGUACCCGAGCCGAUUCCGCAAAAGGCGGAGGAGGAUGCGACGCAGGAGAAGAAGGGCGACGUUGUUGCCAGCUUCGAGGAGAGUGCCGUGGCUACCAAGGGAGAUCCCGCGAGCCCAGAAAAGUACGAGCCGACAUCGUUCCUCCGCAAGUACAACGUCAGUCUCGUCAACGUUGAGAACCUCACCGAAGGGCCUUAUGAUCCCAAGAGCGGCAUCAUCCGCGCUGUCACAAACGAAAUUGUCAAUGUCUUCAAGGAAGUCGCCACCAUGAACAGCCUCUUUCGCGACCAGAUCUCGACCUUCUCGAUGAGCCAGUCCACAGGCAACGUCACCUCGGAACCUGGCAAGCUCGCAGAUUUUGCGGCCGCUGUUUCGGCGGGCGAGCCUGCCGAGUUACAGGAAGUUCUCUCGAGUUUGGAUGUUGAGGAUCGUAUGCAGAAGGCCUUGGUUGUCCUCAAGAAGGAGCUGAUGAAUGCGCAGCUUCAGUCCAAAAUCACCAAAGACGUCGAGCAGAAGAUCACCAAGCGGCAGCGCGAGUACUGGCUCAUGGAGCAAAUGAAGGGCAUCCGGCGCGAGCUUGGCAUCGAGUCCGAUGGAAAGGACAAGCUCGUGGAGAAGUUCAAGGAAAAGGCCGACAAGCUCGCGAUGCCCGAGGCAGUGCGGAAGGUGUUUGAUGACGAGAUCAACAAACUGGCUCACCUUGAGCCGGCCGCUUCCGAGUUCAAUGUCACAAGAAACUACUUGGACUGGCUGACAACGAUCCCUUGGGGCCAGCGAAGCGCAGAGAACUUCGGUAUUCAGAACGCCAUGAAGGUCCUCGACGAGGACCAUUACGGACUUAAGGACGUCAAGGAUCGCAUCCUUGAGUUCAUCGCCGUGGGCAAGCUUCGCGGCACGGUAGAGGGCAAGAUCCUGUGCUUUGUCGGGCCGCCCGGUGUCGGAAAGACCAGUAUCGGAAAGUCCAUCGCCAGGGCACUGAACCGCGAGUACUACAGAUUCAGUGUCGGAGGUCUCACCGAUGUCGCUGAGAUCAAGGGUCAUCGGAGAACCUAUGUUGGUGCUCUUCCCGGACGAGUCAUUCAGGCGCUCAAGAAGUGCCAGACUGAGAAUCCCCUCAUCCUGAUCGAUGAAGUGGACAAGAUUGGCCGCGGCUACCAAGGUGACCCGUCAUCCGCUCUUCUCGAGCUUCUCGACCCUGAGCAGAACGGCUCGUUCCUAGACCACUACAUGGACGUACCAGUCGACUUGUCCAAGGUCCUAUUCGUCUGCACAGCAAACAUGACUGACACUAUCCCGCGACCCCUCCUGGAUCGUAUGGAAGUCAUCCGGCUGUCGGGAUACGUCUCUGAUGAGAAGAAGGCGAUCGCCGAUCGCUACUUAUCGCCCGCUGCCAAGGAGCUGGCCGGUUUGAAGGAUGCCAAUGUGACGUUGUCCGACGAUGCCAUUGAAGAACUCAUCAAGUCGUACUGCCGCGAGUCCGGUGUUCGCAAUCUUAAAAAGCAGAUUGAGAAGGUCUACCGAAAAUCUGCACUCAAGAUUGUUCAGGACCUCGGCGAGGACGUGUUGCCCGAGUCUGAGGCUCUGACUGAGGAAGGCAAAGCUGCUUUAGCCGAGUCUGAGAAGGAGAAGGCUAAGGAGGGCGACAAGAAGGACACCGCGGCAACCGAGGCGACUGAGAAGGAGACGACCUCCCACCCCCGUGUUGCGCUCAAGGUUCCUGAAGACCUCGAGGUUGUCAUCAACAAGGACAACCUGAAGGAUUAUGUGGGGCCCCCUGUAUUCACUUCCGAUCGUCUGUACGACGUGACACCACCUGGUGUCGCAAUGGGCUUGGCUUGGACUCAGCUUGGUGGUUCGGCCAUGUACAUUGAGUCAAUCUUGCAGUCAUCGCUGCGACCCAGCAGCCGUCCCGGUCUUGACAUCACUGGCAAUCUGAAGACUGUCAUGAAGGAGUCAUCCAGCAUUGCGUAUUCCUUCGCCAAGUCUUUCAUGGCCAAAAACUUCGAGGACAACCACUACUUCGACAAGGCCAAGAUCCACCUACACGUCCCCGAGGGGGCCGUACAAAAGGACGGACCCUCUGCUGGUAUCACCAUGGCUACCUCUUUGCUGUCGCUCGCACUCGAUACCCCCGUCAACCCCACGAUCGCCAUGACUGGCGAGUUGACACUCACUGGCAAGGUUCUCAGGAUUGGCGGUUUGCGGGAGAAGACGGUUGCUGCUAGGAGAGCCGGAUGCAAGAUGAUCAUCUUUCCCGAGGACUGCAUGUCUGAUUGGCUCGAGCUGCCAGAGAAUAUAAAGGAGGGCAUUGAGGGCCGGCCUGCCAACUGGUACCACGAGGUCUUUGAACUUGUCUUCCCCGAGCUGGACAAGGAGCAAGCCAACAAGUGUAAGAUCUGCGAAUGGAAGAAAGAGCAUGGGUCCAAAUCCGAUGGCGAGAAAGACGACGACUAG